AUAUAAUUGGGACCGGGAGUUUGCUUCAGCACCACUAGCUUAAGGAGUAGUGUUACAUCUAUCUUUUGUUCAUAGCACCAAAGCAAGGGAUGUGAUGUACUUGAUUUGCAAUAUGGUAUGUGACACAGACACAUUGUAGCUUCUUUUGAGUUUGAACCUCACAAAUAUAUACUGUUACGUUUCACGCGUGCCCAACCUAAUGCUUCCUGAAAUUUGAUGAACAUCAAGGGCAAUUAAGAAACUUUCAGAAAAUGAAACUGCCAACCAUAACCCAAUGAUUAACUCCAUCAAUUCAGCAUGAUCAUGUUUAUGUUUGCACAGAGACUGAAACUUGACACGUUUACCAGUGGAAAGUUCUAGCUUUCGGGGAAUGAGAUUCGGGACGUUGCAUGCAAGCUGAGCUAUAUGUAGCAGUAGAAUAAAAGCCACUUCUCCCUAUACUAUCCAUCCAUUCUGUCCCCACACGGCAGUCUCUCUCAGUGUAUAGGAGACCUAUUGAUUCCAAACUCUAGCCUAUCAACAAAUUAAUGACCAGUAGAGGAACGAUCAUUGCCCGCUUCAAUCACCACUGGACCCACUAACCAUCUCUCAAAAGGACUAUAAAUAUUUUUGUAUUUGUGAGAAGAAGACAUCAAUAUGAAAUGGAAGGAGUCAAGAGCCUCUGUGAUCAGACUGAGCCAAGAGAUGCCUUCAACAUGGCAUAUAUAAUUCAUUUUGUUCUAGGUGCUGCCAAUCUUCUUCCAUGGAAUGCUCUAAUUACUGCUGUUGAUUACUUUGGCUAUCUCUAUCCAGAUGAGCAUGUUAACAAAGUGUUUGCUGUAGCUUACAUGGGCUCUUCACUGCCAGUCCUUGUCCUUUUUUUGAGUUGGGGUAGCUGGAACAAGAAGUCAAGCUUUAGACUAAGGAUGAACUUGGGACUGUCAAUGUUCAUUCUCUCUGUCAUGACACCCCCAUUGAUAGACUGGACUAGUCACAGCAGUGGGCCACAAAAGAGGCUACAUGGAGCUUAUACUGUGACUGUUGCAGCAGUGGCAGUCUGUGGUUUAGCCGAUGGGCUGAUUGGUGGAAGCUUGAUAGGCUCUGCAGGGAAGCUUCCCAAACGGUAUAUGCAAGCCGUUUUUGCAGGAACUGCUUCCUCAGGGGUUUUAGUUUCCAUCAUGAGGAUCAUAACGAAGGCAUCCCUUCCCCAGACCCCUGAGGGUCUCCGGUUAAGUGCCCACCUCUAUUUUGUAGUCAGCACUCUUAUCGUGAUGGGGUGUAUUGUCUGUUGCAACAUUUUAGACAGGUUGCCAGUUAUGCAAAAAUACCAGUGCAAGAUAACAAUGGCUCCCAGGACCCUCAUCUCUGGUUUUUCAGAUAAUCCGCAGAGUUCCAUGAGAAUGCUCUUUGAAGUUGAUGAACCAGAACAGCCUAAAUUUUGGGAUGUGAUGAGAAAGAUCAGAUGGCCAGCUUUUGGGAUUCUUAUGAUAUACACUGUAACGCUCUCUAUUUUCCCAGGAUACAUAGCCGAAGAUGUGCACUCCAAGGUUCUUCGAGAUUGGUAUCAAAUCUUGCUGAUCACAAUGUACAAUGUCUCAGAUUUAGCAGGAAAGUCCUUGACUGCAGUUUAUGUUCCGAAGACAAUUGCAAAGACUACAUGGGCUUCCAUCUUCAGGCUUUUAUUCUACCCUCUCUUUACAGCUUGCCUCCAUGGACCAAAGUGGUUUAGAACUGAAGUGCCAGUAGUAUUUCUGACGACCAUGUUGGGACUAUCCAAUGGGUAUCUAACAAGUGUUUUCAUGAUACUUGCUCCAAAAUCAGUACUUGUUGCAGAAGCAGAAACAGCUAGCAUUGUGAUGGCUUUGUUCUUGGCAUUUGGAUUAGUAAUUGGUUCAAUUCUGGGGUGGUUCUGGAUUAUUUGAACCAUAUGAGUCCUUGCAUAUGGCCAAGUUGAUCUUGAAUUCAUGAUUCCUAUCCUCUUAUAUACAGAGGAAGGCACGUUAUUUCUCUAUCACCCUUUCUAGCUCCAAAUGUUAUCAAAGGAAUUGGAAAGUUCCAGCUGAAAAGAAGGAUGCAAAAACCCCAUUAAUCCAGCUAAAGAGAGCAUAUAUGUUAUUAUACUAGAAGAACUUUCAUAGGAUAUUCGAUUAUUUGUUCAUUUCCUAAAUAUAAUUUAAGUAAUACUGACAGAUAUGUGUAAGCUUUGGGUAUUAAGCUUAUCAUUAUUGCUCUAUCCGUGAUGCGUAUCAUCUGUGUUGGACUAUUGGUCUAAUACAAAGCAACACUGAUAAGCUUCAUACCUAAUUUUUAGGUACCUGAAGUUAGUAUCA